AUGGACGACGACGACCACGUCCCGCGUUCAUGGUUCCCUGAGGGGCUCGAUCCAGGCGACGAGGUCACCCUCAACAAGCCCACCCGCUCGGAAUGGGUAAUCGACAGACUGGUCAAUAAGCACAGCUACCAAUGCGCAGACCGGUCUCUCGACUCUUACGCAUGUGUUCUGUUCGAAUGCCACAACGCUGCAGGUGGACAAGAGGCUUUUAUGCGCGUUUACGCCCAAGUUCCACACACCUGUUAUGAGGAUGCGGACCGAGCUACUCGCACCCGAGAAGCGACUGAAUUCACACCCCCCGAGCUAAAGGCAUACAAGUUUCUUAAAGAUAAAUGCUCGCAAAAUACACCUCUACUACUAGCAUACAAGCAAGGGUCUCAGGAUAGUAGGUCAGGGGCAGUUCCUAGAGGGCAUCUUACGUGGAUUGUAUGGGAGAAGGUCCCUGGAGAUCGCCUAGGAGAUUUCAAAUCUGCUUUUGUGUACUGGGAUAUGGACCGUGAGGAACGAAAGCGUGUCCGUGAGGCCUUCCUUCGAGAGCUUCCGAAGGCCCAGCAUAUGGGGUAUUUCCCUGAAGGGGCCCGCCCUCGGAAUCUAGUCUGGAAUUCGGAUACCGGUGCUCUUUAUUUUGUUGGUUUCCGGGAUGCAGAGGGUUUCAAGGCUAAAGGCACUUUCGGCAUAGAGUGGUUGCCACGUUUUGAUCUUGCUAGGCCCCCUCGAUCUUACCUAUGGAACAAAAGUUUCAAUGGUGAUAUCUCGGACUGGAAAGUCUGA